AUGGCAGAUGACAAGUCUGGGAAGGGGGCGUACAUUAACAACCCCGAGUUCCCGUACAAAAACCUGAACAUUAAAAAGAUCGAACGGAUAAGGAAAAGCGUCAGUCUAGGCAGCCAGUUUUUCAUCCAUAAAAAUCCAAUUAACGAUGAGUCGUCGGGAGGAAGAGGACCCGUUCCCAGGCAGGGGAAUUCGCAAAAUUGCGCAAAUAGCUUAAGCAAAAAAUUUAGUAAAUCGAAAAAUUUUAUAGAGAGAAACAUUGAAAAAAUAUCUAGCUUAAGCAAAAAGAAUGACAUGUUCUUGAAGACCAAAAAGACAUGUAACAGGAGCCACGUGGUGGGUUAUGACGUAUGCAAGGAAGGAAAGAGGGACAUAAAGGAGAAGGCCACUACAGUUUUGGGUGCCGGCCCGCUAAAAAAUAGGGCCACAGGAGUCACUGCUGGGAACAGUGGUAAUGGCAAUCACAAUGGCAAUAACAACGUUUUAAGCAAAAACCCAGUCAACCAUCUGAAACACAAAACUACACUCGUCCAUGCAAAACACAAAAGCGCAGAGUGCGAUUCGGCCAGAAACAAUACGUCUUCUGCGAAUGGUUAUAGCCACGCGGAGGAGGCUCUGAGAAUUGCUAGAAAAUUCCCGGGAAUAGGAGAGAGGGGGAAUAGACAACACGUGGUCAACAAUAUUGAGAGGUCCAAAAGCUUUGUCAGGCAUUACGACGUGGUCGGUGGGGUGGCGGCCUCCACUGCUAUGCUUGGCAGCUAUGCGGUGAGUCAUGCAUCUUCCAACCAUGCAGCCGCGAACCACAGCAACAGUAAUGCUCUUCUCAGAAGACAGAAAACACUUCUCGGUGAAGACACGGCAGGUCAAAAUCGCAGGGAGAAAGCGCCCUCUACAAGAAUCGCUAGCAGAACCGCGGGUCAUGACAGAAGCGAAACGCUUUUGAGGAAAAACGCACAGAUAAGCAACGGAAUGAUAAAAAAAAACGAAUUGGUCGAUGUAAAGAAUAACAUGACCCAGGAGGAGGUAGCCCAAAACAAGAAGCAACAAACCAAUGCACAAGUCGCACUUUACCACGCAGAUAAGGAUAAACAUGUAACAAAUGAAGGAGAAAAAAAAAUGGAAAAGAAAUUAACAGAAAGCUCAAACGUAGUAUCACCUUAUGAGGAGCAUGAAAUGAAAAAUAAAGGAAACGAUUAUGUAAGGGAUAGGAAAAUAAAACGAGAGGGUACCUUAGAAGGUCAGAGAAGUGGAGACAACGAGAUUGGACAGCUAGAAUAUGAUGGUGCUGGUGAAGAGGUGGAUAUAGAUUGUACGAACCAUCAGCGGAAAUUUCAUCCGACAGGUGAAGGGGAGCAUAUGUACAUGCAAAAUAAUCUCCCAAAUGGUUACCAUUACGGUGGAGGUGGCGUUGAAAAGAGUGAUCGUGGAGGCGAUGUGCGAAGGGGGAGAGAUUUCUAUGAUGAUAAGGGUGGAAACGAUGAAAUGUGCGAAUCAGGUGCGGGAGAGGAUGGAAAUGAGGAAAAGGACGCAGCGGAUGAAGACAACGAAGAAGAGGUCGCCGUCGCAGAGGAAUCGCAGGGUAGUGGAGGAGACCGCGCCCUGCAGAAAGAGGCCAAUAAGAUAGCACCACCAAUCUGUAAUAGCAAUGACGCAGGGGCAGGAAAAAAAGAAUUCCCCGAAAAAUCGAUAAGCCUAAACGAUCAUUCUUCCCUUGAUAUGGUUACAAAUUACAGUCUGCAAAAUGGAGAAGCCUUCUGAGGAGCCAAAGGGAAUGACGAGGACAUAUAUCAAGAGUGAAGAAAAUUUCCUGUUUGAUCAAAAUAGUUAUAAUAAUGUCAAAAGAGAGGGACAGAAGGAAACCGAGGAGAUUAAACAUAAGCAACAGGUGAACACACAUUAUGUCGAAAAUGAGCGGGAAAUGAUAGUUAGCGAAAUGAAAAAGUUAGAUGAUAGGGCGUGCGAUGAGUACGCUAAAAAAAGUGACAGUGCACGCUCAGAUAAAAUAUUAUCGGAUCCGCCUUUAGUUCAAAACGAGCAGAUGCACACAUGUGGCAACGGUUUGGAGAAUGUGGUCGAGGAAGGAGAUUCUCCAACGGAGGAAAGAAAUGCACUAAAUGAGGAUACGCUUAAAAAAGAGUUUGCCAAUUCAUAUGACUACGAAUUUUCGAGCUCGCGCAAAGCGAAUCAUAGCCUUUCUGGAAGUAACUUUUCUCCUCUGCACCAAAAUUAUUCGAUCGAAGGGGAAAACCUGGACAACGCGAACGAGGGCGAAGCGCACAGUGACGAUGAAGACUAUAAAUCGGUGACGGAGAAGAAAUCCACGGAGGAGGGGGUACAAGUGGAAAACGAGGGCGAAAAGGAGGAGGAAAUGGGAGAACAAAUGGAGGAGAAAAUGGGAGAACAAAUGGAGGAGAAAAUGGGAGAACAAAUGGAGGAGAAAAUGGGAGAACAAAUGGAGGAGAAAAUGGGAGAACAAAUGGAGGAAGAAAUGGAGGAAGAAAUGGAAGAAAAAAACGAGGUAAACGAGGAGGAAAAGGAAGAAGAAGAAGAAGAAGAUGAAGGCGAUGACGAAGACGCAGCGGAUGAUAAACACCCCGAUGGAAGUAGCCCCAAAGAACAGUCUUACGGAGAAGAAGGACACUCCAAGGAGCCUAACAGAGGCUAUUUUGACAAGAGCAUUAAUGAGGACUCAGUGGAGAAGGAUCAUUUGUACGAUGCCCCCGAAAGUGCGAAGAUUCCUAGUAGGGUCUUUUUAGCAGUAAAUGGGAAAGACGCCCAAAAAGGUGUACAAAAAUAUGCGCACAAGGAUUUGGUGCAAUUUAAUAAGUUGGCUGAGGAGCCCUUCGCAGGCAGACGCGGAGUAGUCAGGGAUGAAGAAGUCACAGCACAUCAUGGAGAUAAGCCAGAUCAGCAGGAUGAGGAUAAACACAAAUUUCUGUGUAGCUCCAACGACACUUACCAUGUGGAUGUAUUGAAGUUGUACAAUAAUAAGCUAUCCCACGAAGGGGGGAAUAAAAAGAACAAUAAACUCAUAAACAAAAAUAUGAUUUUGAAGGAGAUAUUCGGCUCGAAUUAUGAGUCCAGCUUGAAAAAUGAUCUGAACGAGUCGAGCAAUGUGAUGGGCGGCGAGGAGGAAGCGGUGGAGGAGGAAGCGGCGGAGGACGACGGGGACGAAGUGGACGAAACGGGAAACGUCGCGGAGGAAGAAGUGGCGGAGGAAGACGCAGAAGAAGACGUCGAGAAUGGCGCAGAAGAAGACGCCGAGGAUGGCGCAGAAGAAGACGCCGAGGAUGGCGCAGAAGUAGAGGCAGAGGCUGUCGCAGAGGAAGAGGCGCAAAAUUACCCACACGAGGACACAACCGAGAAGGAGUUAUCGAACAAAAACGCUGCAGUCAUAAGCGAUGGUAAGUACAACCAUUAUGUAAGCAACAAAUCGAUCGGAGGAGAUGCCCACGAGCCGUUCGAGUCUCAGUUUCAUAAAAGUAACAGCAUGGAGAAGGACUCGUUUGGAAGUGAGCUAGCCAACGACGAGGACUCGUUGCUUAAAAGGUAUGAAGAGAAUUCCUCCCCCCUGAUUUUAUCCAAGCCGUUGUUUAACGAUAAAACGAGUGAAAGUAGUUAUAACACAAGUGUGCUAAUGGGCAGAGCAAAAAAAGAAUCUCUAACAUUUAGGGACACCACCGCAGGGGGCAAUAGUCAUAAGGAUAGAAACCGUAACGGUGAUGUCCUUUUAAAAAAGAAAGGGCUACGAAAGUUAGAGGACACGUCAAAUUACACUGAGGAAAAACAAACGCAUAAUGCUGAUGAGUUUUCGAGCGAAUAUAAGGAAGGAGGAUAUACAUCGGAGACAGAGUCGGAGCAGGUGGCGGUAGGCAAAGCACAGGACCCAGCGAUGCAUGCGCGUGAUGUUGUGACGCAUGGGUGGGGAGAAUAUUACGACCGUGGGGGAGACAGGUAUGGGGAAAGCAGCGAUGCGAAGAGGGUGGAAGAACCGGAUAGCGAAAACGAAAUGGUCAAUAUUGAUGGGGUGGUCGAAAAGGCAGCCCCGGAGGAAGUUAACAACAGAGCAGCAGAUGAAGAGAAAGGGGAAAGAAUGGAUGGAGUUUUUGCAAAAAAGAGAAAGGGAAGCGAACAGCCAUAUGACCAUUACAUUGAUGAGUAUGAACAAGGGUUCGCUCUGGUGAACCAUAAGGCAGGCGAAAGGAAGAGAAAAGAAAUAAAUGAGGAAAUAGGGAAAUAUGAAACAAGGAGGGACAGCCAAGGUAGGCAGUACCGAAGUUAUAAGGACUACGUAAAAGGGGAAGAAGUGGAAGGGAGAAAUCACAUAAGAGAAGAACUCAUGGAAAAACACAGGGGAGGACCAACGGAGGAGGAUAACCAAAUGCAACCUCAUAAAACAUCGUGGACGCGAAAAGCGCAACGUACCAGUGACGGAGUAGCGAACACAGAGAAUGAGUUGACACAUGGAAAUGGCAAAACUCAGGACGAGAAGAAAAACAACGCCAUUUGGAAAUACAGGGAUAAAAAGUUCCUAAUUUAUAGAGACAAAUUAUUUGAGGAAAAAGAAAAGGAAGUAAACCAAAGGAAGUCUCACAUGAAUGACGAACUGUUAGACACGCAUUAUGGAAAAAAGUUUGAUGUAAAUAAAGAGAGAGAAUAUCUAUUCGACUCCAUGAGCGAUAAUUAUAAUUAUGGUUACCUGAGGAAGGGAAGGGGUGGUAAGAGAAGCUCUCAGAUGAUGAAUUUGUAUGAAAGCAUUAAAAGCAGAAUGGAGGCUAGCGGAAACAAGGAAAGUAGUGACCAUAGCAACUUGAAGAGCGUCAUAAGUGACGACUACUAUUUGGACUACAUAAAGAAUAGGAGAAAACAUAGCAACAAAUAUGAAGGAGAAAAAAGAGGAGUGGAUAACUAUAACAAAGCGCAGCAAAGCAGCAACGAAAAUGAGCUCAUGAUAAACAAAAGGAAAAGGAAGAAUAUAUUCGAAAGUGAUAGCCUGAUAAAUGAUAGCAAAGAUGAACCAAAUUUUGAUCUGGCACGUAACAAUAAUGAAUUCCUGGAUGAUGUGAAGAAAAAAAUAAAAAAAAUUGACCAUAUAGAGUGUAGCCAUUUAUCCUAUGGCAACAGUGAAUGCUCUAAGGCAGCUGCGUUGUAUAGCAGCAUAAACGAAACAAAAAAUAGUAGCCACACCAUCGUAUCGAAGAGGAGCAAAUAUAUUUUGAAACACUCGAAUGCUUCCUCUCUUUAUGAUGACGUCCCUUUGUUUUUUAACUUUGUUAACUGCAGCUCAAUUGUGUUAGGAUCUGAAAUUAUAUACGUCACAGAUGAGACGUAUGGAAAGUGCGAAAAUAUUUUAAAAGACAAACCAUUCAACACGGCCAACGUGGAAAGGGGUUACUAUGAAGAUUGCUCCAAUGACCUUUAUAACGUGACGAAUAGUAAUUUGAGCAUUGGCAUAGCUCACCAUAGGGAGCGCUUGAACGACGUGGCUGGUAAAGGAAAGGUUGCCAAUUUGUUGGGCGAACGAGUGAACUGCUCUAGUGAGGAGAGGACCGGGGGGGGAAGCGGUUAUCUCAAGUUAUCCGAAGAGUCAGGUAAAUGGGGGGAAUGCCCUGGGUGGCUCACCAAAAGAAGAAUAAAAAAAUAUUUCGAUUUCUGCAUAGUGAAGCUGUGCAAACCGACCCUCAUCAAAGGAAUCGACAUUGACACGAAUAAUUUUUUGGGAAAUUACGCUCCGUAUGUUUCUAUCGAAGGGGCGUACAUCGAAGACGAUAUGUUAAUGAGUGCGGAGUCGUUUUCGAAAUAUGUGGACCGAGUUAAAUACAAGAGCAAGAAAAAAAACGACUUCAUGUUUGAGAAGGACUUUUUUUCGCACCACCCCCCACGGGGGAGGAGCGGCGAAAGGGUGGGUGCGCACAACGAGAAUGGUGAAUGCAGCAGGGUAGGUGAUGCCAGCAACAGGAAUAACGAUCGUAACGCUGACGCAGAGAAGAAAGGUCUGUUCCUAUCGAGCCGAAACAGCAGUGGGGAAAACCGCUACUGGAGCAAUGACCGCAGGCGUCUGGACGACCACGUGCUCAACAAUAGGGAAGAGGUAGAAUUGGUGAUAGACGGGAAAACAUAUUUUAAAAGAAACAAAUAUUUUUAUGAACCCAUUUUGAUAGAUCCCCUUGACAAGUCAGACCAGGAGUAUGAAAAUUAUUUGGAAAUUCUAAGGUAUAAUGAUAAGUAUAAAAAAUUGAGGACUAACCCUAAGUCGACAUCGUUUGUGGCCAACGGAAAUGAGUACCGAUACAUAGACAAUAAAUUGUACACGCUUGUGGAUGUGACGAAGGAGAUAGCUAGUAGGUAUCCGGGAAUCCACAAGGGGUGCUUGUUAAGGAGUUCUUCUUCCCCACUGAGCACGGACAGGAAUGGGGCUAACAGUGGCGAGGGGAGGGAUUAUUCCAGUGGUGACCGCUAUGGAGAUCGCUUCGUCGGAGUGGAGGGAGGUAGCUUUGGCGGAGGAGCGCGCCAUGCGAAGGGGGAGCGGCGCGAGAAUGGCGAGAAUGGCGAAAAUGGCGAAAAUGGCGAAAAUGGUAAAAAUGGCGAAAAUGGCGAAAAUGAUGAAAAUGGCGAAAAUAGCGAGAACAGCGAAGAGGAGGAGGAGGGGAACCCGUUCCUCGCGAACUCGUAUAACUCAAACACGCUCUUUUUAGACAACGACUACUCAAUAGAAAAGAAAAUCUACAACGACCUGCACAAGCAGUAUCAAUGGGUGUCGAUCCUAGAGGACGAAAGGAUGAAUCCCGGAUUUAAAAACUACAAUCAUAACUGUUUCAACAUAAAUACGUGUAACAAAAUAUUUACCCACCUGAUUGUGUGUCUACUCCCCGAUGGAGGAAUAAACAAGUUGCGAGUGUAUGGAGAGAUAAAGAUAAGUGAAAAGGUUCGAAAAAAAAGUUACAAAAAGACUAUUAACGUAUGUGACAUUUUAGAUGGAUCCCACGUCGUCUACACAACUGAUGAGUUUUAUGGAAAAUCGGAAAAUAUAUUGAUCGAUCAGAACUCAGAGUAUGUUAUGGGAUGGCAAACAAGAAGACUCAUCAAUAGGCCCCUACGUUAUGUUGAAAAUUUGACGAUAAAUAACAUUUCUUCCAUAUUUUUUAACAACAAUUAUUGCAUAAUUAAGCUCAGUUUUAUCACCAGCAUUAAGUACAUAGAAAUUAACACUAUAUUUUAUGAGUACAAUUUUCCCUUGUGCGUUUCGAUUGACUACUGCUAUAUGAAGGAAGUACACUCGGAGGAGAAAUCCAAGCAGAUUCAAUUUUUUGGUGAAAAUAUUGAGAACAUUCAGUGGAAGGAGCUUCUCCCCCUGUCCUACAUUAAGGGGAACCACAUCAACUUCUUCACGGUGAAUGGCAGCAGCUCUGACGCGGCACCUUUGCCGGAUAUCGUGUCCUCGCACCUCCGUCUGAAUAUAUACCCGGACGGGGGCAUAAACACGAUUAAGGCGUACGGCACGGUGGUGGAGGUGUAG